UAGACAGCGGUGAUUAUAUGAUUCACUGCUCAGGAUGGUGUCACUUAAAUUGGACUCGUGUCUUCAUCUAUAUCUAUAUAUCUAUAUGUAUAUAUCUAUAUAGGUUAUAUGAUCCCAUAUUGUAUAUGUUUUGGACGUUACUACAGCGGACGUUUUUUUUUUUUUUAUAAUCAAACCCAUCUAUUUUUAUUCAAUUUCCGCGAUGGAGCGUGGAGCCGAAAACACAGAGCCUCUGUCUGAGGAGAGAAGAUGUGAUCAUCAGCCUGCGGAUAUCAAAGCCAGCGCCGACAGAUCGGUGGAUAAAAGAGCUGAGAGACCCACGUGGAGUGGACAGCUGGAGUUCAUCUUGGCCACGGUGGGAUACGCUGUGGGACUGGGCAACGUCUGGAGAUUUCCUUAUCUCUGCUACAGCAGCGGUGGAGGUGCCUUCAUUGUCCCUUACCUCACCAUGGUUUUCCUUUGUGGCAUACCUCUGCUCUUCAUGGAGUUUUCUGUUGGCCAGUAUAGCCGUUUAGGCCCAGUGCAUGCAUUUGCCAAAAUCUGUCCCCUCUUUAAAGGGGUAGGUCUGGCUACAGUCGUCAUCUCUUUCGUGUUCUGCACAUUUUACAAUGUGCUGAUGAGCUGGGCCCUUUUCUACUUGUUCAACUCGUUUAGAGAAACUCUGCCAUGGUCUACUUGCAACAACACGUGGAAUGCUGUGGGAAACUGUUCCAAUGGUUUUCCUGGCAAUGCUACCCACCUGCAGUCUUCAAGCCAGCAGUUCUUUGAUCACAAACUUUUGGAGAAAACCAGCGGCAUUGAAGAAGUCGGCGGCUUGCAGUGGGAACUGUUUGGCUGUCUUCUUCUUUCCUGGAUCAUCAUUUAUUUAUGUAUAUUUAAAGGAGUCAAAUCCACUGGCAAGGUGGUGUACUUCACUGCUGUUUUUCCAUACUUUGUCCUGUUCGCCCUGCUUAUCAAUAAUGUCCAGCUUCCUGGAGCCAAGGAGGGCAUGCUUUAUUUUGUAACACCUGUUUGGGGAAAACUUUUCGAAGUUAAGGUUUGGGUCAAUGCUGCUGCCCAGGUGUUUAACUCGCUUGGAAUAGCAUUCGGCUGCAUGAUUUCAAUGGCUAGUUACAACAAGUUUAACCACAACAUCACAAGAGAUGUGUUAAUAGUUUCAUUAACCAAUUCCUUCACAAGUAUCCUGGCUGGUUUUGUAAUCUUCUCAGCUAUUGGCCACAUGUCUUAUAAACACAAUCUACCAGUGGACAACAUAGCCACAGACGGUCCCGGUUUGGUGUUUGUUGUGUACCCUGAAGUCCUCUCCACCAUGCCCGGCUUUCAGUUCUGGGCUCCAUUGUUCUUCAUCAUGCUGCUGUGUCUUGGUCUCGACAGUCAAUUUGGCAACGUGGAGGUGGUGGUGACGUUUUUAAAGGAUGAGUUUGGAAUCAAAAUUCUGCAGUACCUAAAAAGAGAAGAGCUGCUCGCUCUGGUUGUUUGUAUUACAGGGUUUGUUCUGGGGAUCCCUCAUGUUACUAAGGGAGGUAUUUAUGUGUUCCAGCUGAUGGACCACUGCACUGCUGUGGUGUCCCUCAUAUUCCUUGCCUUCUUUGAAGUAGUUGCUGUAUGCUGGAUCUUUGGUGUCUCACGUCUUUCCCUCAUGUUUAAGAGGAUGCGAGGCAAGUCUCCGAGCAUCUUCUUCCGCUUCUGCCUGCUCCUCUUCUGUCCCCUGCUGAUGUUGUGCAUCCUUGGUUCCAGCAUUAUUCAGUACACGCCCCCUCGCUAUGGAGAGUAUAUGUACCCACUCUGGGCUAGGUUAGUGGGGUGGGUCAUCUCUCUGGUCUCCAUUGUGUGGAUCCCUCUUUGUGCUAUUCAUGAGAUAUACAAUAGCGAAGGGUCACUUCUUCAGAGAAUUAAAACAUCGCUGACUCCAACAUUAGAUAUUGACGCCAUGGAUCCUCAGCCUGAAAAGCAAAAUUCAGACAAUCCAGUGUUGGAAAAAAUGUUAAGUUCAUCUGUGUAAUUGGAGAGAUGAAACCAACUCUGUGAGAAAAUCAGUCCUCCAGUGGGGCUCAUAGCUAUUUUAGUAUUUUUCCUUUUUUUAUAGCAAUGCUUUUAUCUAUACAUGCACUGUCAAUUUUUAUUGUUUUCUUUGCACUCUCAACUUUUCAGAGUAUGUCAUGGGACUUCUUGCAAUGUAAUAAUGAAUAUGGAAAUGUACACUAUGCUUAAUAAUGAUGGGAUAUAUUUCUUGGUAUUUUUAAUGAAUCUGCUGUUACUUUGUACUGCAUGAAUCUUUGGGAAUGAUGGCUUAUGCUUCUGUAAAUCUAAAUAACGAUGGAUGCUUCAGGGGUCAUAAUGCAAUAAUCAGAAUCCUUUACAAAAACAGAAGAAAAAUUAGACCUUGCCGGCCUUUAAUUCAUGUUUCCCUCUUUCUGCCGUACUCGGUUUAUCUUGUGACAGAAACUGAAGUCAUCGAAAUGGGGACUCCCAUUUUGAUAACCUUUAUGAUUAUGUACAGUAAGUUCCUGAAUUUGAAUAUUCAAAAAUGAAAUGAAAAACAUGUUUGUUAUUUAUAGCUAAAAAAUAAUGUAACCCUACCACCCCACAAAAAAACAACUUGUAAACUAUUGAAUAAAAUAAGCUAUAAGCUUUUAAACUAUUAAAUGACAACAGAACCAAAAACGUUAAUUCAUAAACGGUUUUGGGAGUACAUUUUCUGAUGCUAAGUAGCUCAUUGCUACUUAGCAAUGAAUGAAAAGGAAGUUCUCCACCAUCACUCUGAUGUCUGUCAAGUAACACUGUGCAAAAGUGUAGCUGUUACAUCGCUGUACAUUUUUGAAUGUACUCCAAGAACAGUUUAAGCCGGGGUUGCAAAAAAUAUUGAAAAAUUUCUGAAACCCAUACAAAAAUGUUCCACAGACUGUUAAGUUGCAGAAUUUUGAAAUUUUCCUCAAUAUGACAUUUUUCAAGGGAAUAAAUUGACAUCAUAGGAAUUAUCAGGACAACCAGUAACCACAUUGUAUCCAAACAAUAUAUUAAACUACUAACUACUGUAUUGCUUUGUCUUUACCAGUGAUCCAUUACGGUAAUUAAACUAUAUUUUAGCUGAUAUGUAUGUUAAUUUGACAACUUUGUUUAUUUAUUAGCAUUUCAUUUAACAACAAGAAAAAUUUGAAAUAUAAUGUCAUAUUUGAAACAUUAUUUUAAACAUAAUGACAUAAGAGAGAAGAAAGCCACUAGAUUCUUGUUGAAAUGUUAUUAAUUAUAACUCAGGCUUAAGAUCGUUCUACUAGUAUAGCAAUGAUUUACUCUGUAAAAGUCAAAACUCUGUGGUUGGUUAACAAUAAAACAGUUAUUUUCAGAAUUUACAAAAAAAAAUAAUGUAGGAAUGAUGGUUUUAUCUAAAUGGUUUAAGAAGCUCUGAUUUAAAAACUUACAAUUUCUGAUGUUUGAUUAUUUAAGUAAAACAAACUUUCUGCUAGAAGUGCCUGUUAUACCAAAACAUGUUUGUACCUUAGAAUAAUUAAAUAACUGAACAUUUACAUUACUGUGGUGCUUUUGAUAUUCAGUUUAAAAGAAGAGCUACAAAUAGUUUUUUUUAUACUUUUGUGAAUAAAAACCAUUUUACAAAGAAA